UAAACUAAGCAUACAUUGGCUUGAUAUUUCAAACUCGCAGUUCGAUUCACAAAGGUGAUUCAGAGCGAAAUACAUUUGUUCAUGUAUCUUUAACGAAUGUCGACUGUAUGAGAAAACGUUCUGCCUCGUCCUCUUUUGAUUGGUGCUUGGAAAAUCUCCUCUGGUUUUUCAAGAUGCACUGCAUUUAGUUCGCGUGGCGCAAAUGGUGAUCUGAAUUUGCACUUUGUGCAAUAAAAAGAACAAUGUCCGAACCCCAGGCAUAGUGGACGAUCUAAUCCAGCGCACCUACUUUUUUCUCCAGACCGUUUUCCUUCCUCUUUCUUACUUGAAAAGAGAAGUUGGCUAUCAGCAGAUCAUGCGAUAGCAAUCACUUUUCUCUAUAGUCAGUUGACUUGUAAACCAACUAUUUUCCCACGAAACCGAUGAUAUGGGUAUAAAGUGCAUUUCCCCUGGGGCGCUGAUUCUUUGUGUGAAUGUGGCCAGUAUUGUUCUUAGCAGUGAGCAUGAAGCAGGAGCACUCCCCACACUGUCCCAGCUGCCCUUCCUCACUGUGUGGAAUGCCCCUACAGCCCAGUGUAAGAGCCGCUAUGGGGUGGAUCUGGACCUGGGAGUGUUCAACAUAGUGAGCAAUCAGAAUCAGAGCUUCAUGGGUGACAACAUCACCAUCUUCUACAAUACUAAACUGGGUCUGUACCCAAGAUACAACCAAGGAGAGGCAGUUAACGGCGGGGUGCCACAGAAUGCCAGCCUGCUGGAGCACCUGAGGGCUACCUCUGAGGACCUCCGGACCUACAUGCCUGACAGAGACUUCCAAGGGCUGGCUGUGGUGGACUGGGAGAGCUGGAGGCCACUGUGGGAGCGCAACUGGGAAGGCAUGAAGGUUUAUUGGGAGGGGUCCAGGGCCCUAGUGAGGGCCAAGCACCCAGACUGGAGCCCUGCUCAGGUGGAGGUGGUGGCCCGCAAGGAGUUUGAGGAUGCAGCACGGGCGUUCAUGGAGGGCACCCUAAGGUUGGGGGAGCAGGAGAGGCCCAAGGGGAUGUGGGGCUUUUAUGGCUUCCCCUCCUGCUAUAACUACUACAAAAACACAACAUAUAACUACACAGGGGAGUGUCCUCAGAUAGAGUUGAAGAGGAAUGAUGAUCUGUUCUGGCUGUGGAACGUCUCCUCUGCCCUCUACCCAGAUAUCUACCUGGAUCUUGGGAUGCGUGGUCUUGGCAACGACAUCAUCCUCUACACACACCACCGUGUCAUGGAAGCCAUGAGGGUGGGCGCGCAGGUGACCCCCAUGGCCCCCCCUGUGUUUCCGUACGCCCGCAUUGUCUACACUUACUCUCUGGAGUUCCUCUCUCAGGAGGUCCUGGUCCACACAAUUGGAGAGAGUGCUGCUUUAGGAUCUGCAGGGAUCGUACUGUGGGGAGACAAUUCCUACUCCAAAUCUAAGGCAAAUUGUGAGGCAAUCAAAGACUACCUGGAUGAAACCCUGGGCCGUUACUUGGUGAAUGUGACCACAGCAGCUACUCUGUGUAGCAGGAUGGUGUGCUCCUCUCGGGGCCGAUGCCAGAGGAGAGACAAAGGCUCCCGUGCCUACCUCCACCUGGACCCCAGCGCCUGGACUGUGGUGCCUGAGAAGAGGCCAGAGGGGGGGCAACGCUACAGGGUGCUGGGCCAACUGAAGCCACGUGAGGCUGUGUACAUACAGACCCACUUCCAGUGCCAAUGCUAUCCUGGCUGGGGAGGUAAACGCUGCUCCAAGCCCCUGUAGUUCUGAUCGAGACAAUCCCCUUGUGUUUAAAGGAGCAUCGGUUACAUUACGCUACAUUACAUUACGUUAGCCCACUCUGGUUACUGUACUCACUCUUAUGCGACGCAUUAUACCCAGUCCUGAGCCAAUAAGGUAUAGCAGUAUAACAAUUAUAACCAGCGUUGUUGCAUUCGUGACCCUCAUUCAGACUCCCCCUGCUCAACACCAAUCUGCCUCUGACCACUCCAGAUAGGUGGGUUACAUGUUACCAGUUCGAUGAGUUUACUAGUGAGGGAUGAAGUGAUAUGAUAUUAUGAACAGUUUAUUUGUAGAUCAUUGAGAAAGCCAGGAAUAAACCAUAGUUGACAUUGACAUUUAAGCACAUGUCUGUUUAGAAAAUAGUUUCCAGACAUUUUACAAAAGUAGAAAUGUAAUCUCGUUAAAUUACAGUUUAUGACCUGGGAUUAUUGCUAUUGGUUUCAAACACGUCACAGAAAAUCAGUGGUUAAGCUUGAAUCCGUUGUUGAAACAAUAACAAAGGGGUCAUUCCGCCUCUGUUUCGGUAAAAAGCUGAGGGAUGGGCCUUCUAGAAGUGUAA